UUCAGAAAAUUAUAGAAUUUUUAUAUAUAUUAGCAUAUACAUUUUUAAAAGUGAACAUAGCAGAUGGACGAAGACAGUUUUUGUUGGACGUUUCUUAACACUGACUUGUUUGCCUCUUCCUACUUCCAACAUUUUAUUUCAACGCUGGUAACACCACUUAUUUAUACUCAAACAACAAAAGCAACCACUUGCAGCAUGGAUCGCAAAGCUGAACUAGAACGUAAAAAGGCCAAAUUGGCCGCCCUACGAGAGGAGAAAGAUCGCCGUAGGCGUGAAAAAGAGAUGAAGGAUAUGGAAGAAGCGGCUGGCCGCAUAGGUGGUGGUAUCGGCAUUGACAAGGAUCAGAGGAAAGAUUUGGAUGAAAUGCUGUCCUCUUUGGGAGUUGCGCCCGUUUCGGAAGUAUUAUCUUCUUUGUCAUCCGUUAACUCUCUAACAUCGGACAACUCUAACACCCAAACGCCGGACGCAAGUCUACAAGCAAAUAUGAAUGGUGUCGGCGGUGGCAAAAAGCAGCCUUUGAAUUUGAGUGUUUACAACGUACAAGCCACCAACAUUCCACCAAAAGAAACACUGGUCUACUCGAAGCAAACGCAAACUACUAGCACCGGUGGACAUGAACGUGAUGGAUACAUGGAGGAUUGGUGGAGACCACGCAAAGCUCAUGCUACGGAUUAUUACGACGAAUACAAUCUAAAUCCGGGUUUAGAGUGGGAGGAUGAAUUCACAGUGCUUGCAUUUGAUGCCCAAGGAGAUGACGAAGAUUCUCUACCACAUCUGGAGCACGGUUUCACUUCGAAGUUGCCACCCGGCUAUUUGACGCACGGUCUGCCAACGGUGAAAGAUGUAGCACCGGCCAUAACACCGCUGGAGCAAAAGAAAGAGCAGGAGGAGAAAAGGAGAUUAAGGAACUUCUCUGAGGAGCAAAAGCAGAUGAUCAUACACGAUGAAUUCCAACAUUUCAUGCUACGCGCCGGACGCAUCGUUGAGCGCGCACUCUCCGAAAGUGUUGACAUUUACACGGAUUACAUUGGCGCCGGCGACAAUGAGGAUACGAACGACGAAAAACAAGCACGAUUGUCAUUGAAUCGGGUUUUCUACGACGAACGUUGGUCGAAGAAUCGUUGCAUCACCUGCAUGGAUUGGUCAACACACUUCCUAAUUGUAGCCGCCUCGUAUCAAAACGAGGAGAGCCCCAACGAACCCGACGGUGUUGUUAUGGUGUGGAAUACAAAAUACAAGAAGCAUACUGAAGAUAUUUUCCACUGUCAAGCGCUGUGAUGUCAACAUGUUUGCUAAAUUCAAUCCAAUUUAAUAUUAGGCGGUACAUACCGGGUCAGAUAGUGCUUGGGAUAAUCGUGUGCAAAACGCACACCCAUGCAACGAACACCACUAAGCGCCGCCGCACAUACACAUCCAGUCUAUUGUCUGCAGGUUGUUGGCACACAAAAUGCUCACAAUGUCAUCUCUAUCUCUUCGGAUGGCAAGCUGUGCUCUUGGAGUUUGGAUUUAUCGCAUCCACAGGACAUGGAGUUGCAACAGCAACGUCCGUCGAAAUCGAUUGCAGUCACUUGUAUGGCAUUUCCGGCGAAUGAUAACAAUUUGGUGAUGGGCAGUGAGGAUGGUUAUGUUACUCAGGUGAGUCGUCAUGGUUCGCGCACUGGUAAAUGAAGUCUUCGAAAACACCUGGGGCCGGUAACAGGAAUCUCCACGCACUACAACCAAUCGUCCCUGACUUUGGACAUCUCUCUAACUUCCUCCAUCGAUUGG